AUGGAAACAUAUUUUAUCGCAGGUGAAAAUAUGACAGAAGCCAAAAACGUCUCGGGAUUCCAUGCUGUCCAGAUGAACGAAACGGACCAGGCAAGGGUGUGUUUCAACUUCACUAUUGGUAUUUCAGAGAGAAAGGAAUUCUAUUCACCUAAUUACCCACGAAAGUAUCCUAAUAACACCAUCUGUAUUAAAGAAAUAACAGCACCAUACGGUUAUCGUAUAGAACUCGAUUUUCGAGACAACUUCCAUUUAGAGGAAGCCAACAACUGUGAAUACGACUAUUUGGAAAUAAGAAACGGUCCCCAUGGAUAUUCCGAUUUGCUUGGACGUUACUGCGGCUCCAGCUUCCCGCCAUUGCUUCGCUCAAAAGACCAUCGUCUGUGGCUGAAGUUUUCAUCUGACGAUAGUAUAGAAUAUUUGGGCUUUAGAGCUGUUUACCGAUUUGUUUCAAUUAAAAAUUUUGAUCGUCCUCCAGCAGAAGAGUGUAUUUUCUACAAGGGUGGAUCUGAUGGCUUUAUUAGCAAUAAAGAUAUAACAGAAAGCAUGUUCAACUACUCCUUAAAGUGGAAUGAGCCAUUGGAUUGUACCUGGUUUAUAGAAAUUUAUACAGGAUGGAAGAUGUAUUUAACUUUCCAGAAAUAUCAGCUUGCUCAGCCCAACAACUGUGACCUUAACUACAUCGACAUUUAUGGAGAAAGCCUCAGCGUGGACGCCAGACUUGACAGGUUUUGUGGAACAGCGACAGAACCUCAACGAUCAAAUACAAACAUUAUGCACGUUCGCUAUUUUGCCGAAUCAGAAGCAUUGGAUGGUAGUUUUACAAUUCUUUAUACUGGCUUCAGGGAAUCAGAACAUUGUGAUGAAUCCGUAGAAUUCAAUUGUGGAGAUGGAACGUGUAUUGAGAAAUCCCUGAAAUGUAAUGGGCACUUCAACUGUAAAUAUCGGUAUGACGAGGAGGACACCAUAUGUUCUGUUGGAUCUUCAGCUAGCGUAGUGUUGUCUUCCGAACACAUGAUUAUCAUCCUAGUUGUUUUUUUCGCUCUGGUUUUCGGCAUGUGCCUAUCAAUCUCUAUUUCUUGCUAUAAUAAGAUCAAGGAGAGAAAGGAAGUGGAACGAGAAUAUCGUCAGCGUCGAUCAAAAUACGUAUCAAUGGAGAAAGAUCUGGAUGAAAAGGUCAGUAGUUUAGAUAAAAAUUUAGGAAUAUUAAUGACGACCCAAAAUACCAGGAUUCCGGUUGGAUCUCAGAAGAACAACCAUAAAGAAACCCUUGAAGAAGAAGGAGAUGGAUGCCAUGUACCGGAAAUUUAUUUUAGUGUAUUCGACAAGCAUCCUAAUGGUGGUUCUUCAGUGAACAGACUGGAAGAUCACAGUCCGGGAUCUACGCCCGAUAGCCAGGUAGCAAUUACCGUUUUACCUGAUGGUAGCCAACAUUAUCCCUUCUGCAGUUACCACAGAGUUAGUGAAAGUCCUCCCCUCCCUUCUCCUCCACCGCCCCCACUGCCCCAUCACCUGCGUAAAAACAGAGAAGAAACCGAUUCCGCAAGCUGCCUUGUUUUUGUUGACAGUAAGUGUCCGAAGCACAACAGACCAGUCGCCCUUCGCACGCAUCAAUUGGAAGACCUUGAAGUGCCUUCCUUUCCACAGGAGAUGGUCACAGAAGCAGUGGUUGAACUGUAUCCGAACAGUCCAGGGAGAUGUCGCUAUAAGUAUGACCACCCAACCUGAAUUUUUACUCGGACAAGCUGCCAAGUGUCGCGAAUAGCAUACAAGUAAAGAGGAGUUAGAAUAAACGCACGUUAAGUGUUGGGUAUAUAGUGAAACAAUGCUAUAGGAAAGAUCUUCUUCAGAUGACUUCGAAUCAAAUUUUGUCCUGACCUUUCUAUGAAAACCCUGGAACACUUCUACUUAGUGAUGACUUAUAGAUAUGUAACCAAAGUAUCAUGUUGUGGUCCUGGACGAAUUAUCAUCAAUUAAUUUAUAUGAACAGGGUUGAAGCAGUGACUUACUUUUAGCUGAACAAAUUAGUAGAACGUGUUAUGUGAUUCUUACAAUUUCCUGCCACGUACAAGUAAGAAUAACUCUUUCGUGUUGCUCAAGUAGCAUGUUAACUUUGGACGUAUAUCCCCCCACCUCACCCACACACACAAAAAAAAAAUUCAGUACUGCUCAACAUCCUUCAUUUACAACACCAGUUAUAAUUGUUCAGUGUUCUUUCCUUCUUAUCACCAGCUAUAGUGCUUUGCCUACUUCAAGA